AUGAGGCCAUCGGCUAUUCCCUUCCUCCUCCUCCUCUUCCACCUCCUCUCUCCCACUCUCGCCCUCGACUUCCUCUUCAACUCCUUCUCCAACAUCUCCAACGCCACCGACUUCACUCUCACCAACGACGCCAAGCUCGACUCCUCCGCCGUCCGCCUCACAAACGACACCGUCCAGUACUCCCUCGGCCGCUUCUUCCACACCACCAAGCUCACCAUGCGACCUAACUCCACCUCCACUUCCCUCACUUCGUUCUCAACCUCCUUCGUCUUCUCCGAUCUCCCCCAAAUCGCUUCCAGCCCAGGCUUCGGCCUCUGCUUCUUCCUCUCCAACUCCACCUCUCUCCCCAACGCCCUCGCCGGCCAGUACUUGGGCCUCUUCACCAACGCUACCGUCCCCGUCGUCGCGCCGUUACUCGCCGUCGAAUUCGACACCGGACGUAACCCCGAGUUCAACGAUCCCGACGGCAACCACAUCGGAAUCGAUCUCAACAACAUCGAAUCGGCGUUCACGAGGCCCGCCGGGUACUACAACUCCAGCGGCGGCUUCGUUCCGGUUCAGAUGCGGAGUGGCGAGAAUGUAAGGACUUGGAUCGAAUUCGACGGCGUGAAUCUCGAGAUCAACGUCACGGUGGCUCCGGCUAGCCUGCCGCGGCCUGCUCUGCCUACGCUGAGCUUUAGAGAUGCAAGGAUUGCGAACUACGUGUCGUCGGAGAUGUUCGUGGGGUUUUCGGCGGGGAAAACGCAGUGGAUUGAGCCGCAGAGGAUUUUGGCUUGGAGUUUUAGUGAUACCGGAGUUGCUAAAGAGAUCAAUGUGACCAAUUUACCGGUUUUCGAGGUCGAGGCUUCUUCGAAGUCGUUGUCUAAGGGAGCCAUUGCAGGGAUCACGGCAGCUUGCGUUGUGUUUGUGGUGAUUUUAGCCUCUGGAGUUUACUUGUAUUGGAGGAAGAAGAAGAUGGAGGAUGAAGAUGAUGAUGAUAUUGAGGAUUGGGAGAUGGAGUAUUGGCCUCAUCGAUUUUCGAAUGAAGAGUUGAGUAAGGCUACUGAUGGUUUUUCAAAAGAUCAGCUUUUGGGAGCUGGUGGAUUUGGGAAGGUUUACAGAGGAGUUUUGUCGAACAAGACGGAGAUUGCAGUGAAAUGUGUGAACCAUGAUUCGAAGCAGGGGUUGAGAGAAUUCAUGGCCGAGAUUUCAAGCAUGGGGAGGCUGCAGCAUAAGAAUUUGGUCCAAAUGCGAGGGUGGUGUAGAAAAGGAAACCAGCUUAUGCUUGUGUAUGAUUUCAUGCCUAAUGGCAGCCUGAACAGGUGGAUAUUUGACAAGCCGAAGAAGGUUUUGGGAUGGGAGCAACGGCGGCGUGUGCUGGCGGAUGUGGCAGAGGGGUUGAACUAUUUGCACCAUGGCUGGGACCAAAUGGUGGUUCAUAGAGACAUUAAGUCGAGCAAUAUAUUGCUGGACUUGGAAAUGAGAGGCAGGCUUGGUGAUUUUGGACUGGCCAAGCUGUAUGAGCAUGGUGAAGUGCCUAAUACGACGCGUGUGGUUGGCACGCUGGGGUACUUGGCCCCGGAGCUGGCUACCAUAGCUGCGCCAACAGCAGCGAGCGAUGUGUAUAGCUUUGGAAUAGUGUUGUUGGAGGUGGCGUGUGGAAGAAAGCCUAUUGAAAUGAUGGCAGAGGAGGAGGAGGUAGUGCUGGUCGAUUGGGUGAGGGAGUUGUAUUUGAAAGGGAGGGUGAGAGAGGCGGCAGACCAGAGAAUUAAAGGGGAAUAUGAUGAGGAGGAAAUGGAGAUUGCAUUGAAGCUUGGGUUGACUUGUUGUCAUCCUGAUCCUCAGAGAAGGCCUAGCAUGAAGGAAAUUGUGGCGAUUUUGGUGGGCGAGACAGUGUCUGAGGCAGCACCUGCCGCAUUGUUAUCAGAACUGGCACGCGGCGAGAGUGGCAUUGUUGCUGGCAGCGAGGAAGAAUCUGGGGAAGUAGCAUUCCAACCCCAACAUUCAGUGUGAAUAUGUGUUUUGGUUGAACAAGAGUAAAUUCUUUCUGUGUAUUAUACAACAUGAUAUUUGAUCUUUAAAAUGAAUCGAAAUCUGAUUAGUUUUGUAGAAGUUUCAGCCACAACCUACAAUUCAUCCAUAUUCUACUUAAAAGAUGGGAUCAUAUAACUGCAUCAAACCAGAACUAAUGCAUUAAGCAAACAUACUAUGAAACACAAAUGGCAUUAAGCCAACCUACUGUAAUCAGCUAGAGUAUGAGACCUUUCUCGAUUCAUGGCCGUGAUCUAUAUAUGUUAAUUUGACCUUG